CACUCACUCACAUCACACACACCAUGGCAGACAUCACAGCGACAGAGGGCAUCGAGCGCCCGGCCAACCCGCCGACAGCGAAGCCGAGGAAGCGCUUCGUCGGCACCUCGGCGCGCGCGGGCAGCUCGCGCGCCGGUGGUGCCGCGCCGCGCCGCGUCGCCAACCAGGUCCCCGACGAGAUCCUCAACGACCCCGCCCUCCGCGAGGCCAUGAAGGGCCUGCCUGCCAACUACAACUUUGAGAUCCCCAAGACGAUCCACCACGUGCGCAAGGAGGGCGUCAAGACGGUCGCGCUGCAGAUGCCCGAGGGCCUCAUGAUGUACGGCUGUGCGAUUGCCGACAUUGUCGAGAGGUUUACUGGCGCCCAGCCGCUUCUCCUUGCCGAUGUGACGUACGGCGCGUGCUGUAUCGACGACUUCACUGCGCGCGAGAUGGGCGCUGAGAUGAUUGUGCACUACGGACACUCUUGCUUGAUUCCCGUCAACCAGACGAGCAUCAAGACACUGUACAUCUUCGUCGAGAUCGCCAUCGACACGCCGCACCUAUGCCUGUCGGUCCGGCGCAACUUCCCCUCCUCGCGGCCGGCGUUCCAGCGUGCCGUCCUCGGCGCGGGGCAGUCCGAGCCCGGCGCCAAGGUCGGCAUCUCGCUCGACGAGGCGGAGCGCGAGGCGAUGGGCAAGGCCGACGCGGACGAACUCCCUACCCGCCUAGCGCUGGUCGGCACGAUCCAGUUCGUAGCCGCUGUGCAGGCGCUGCGCGACGACCUGGAGAAGGCAAUGGCGCCGCUCGACGACGUCGACGAGGCGGGCGACGACGCGCUCGCCAAGAUCCGCCGCGGCGAGAUCGGCGUCUGGAGAGGCAAGUACGACAUCUCGGUCCCCCAGGUCCGCCCGCUGUCGCCCGGCGAGAUCCUCGGCUGCACCGCCCCCAAGCUCGGCGACGUCGACGCACUCAUCUACGUCGGCGACGGCCGCUUCCACCUCGAGAGCAUCAUGAUCGCCAACCCGUCCGUGCCGGCGUUCCGCUUCGACCCGUACUCGAAGAAGUUUACGCGCGAGUACUAUGAGCACGACGAGAUGCGCUCGGUGCGCGCCGACGCCGUGCGCGUGGCCCGCCGUAACCUCCUCGAGCGGGGCGCUGACAGCUGGGCCAUCCUCCUCGGAACGCUCGGCCGCCAGGGCAGCCUGAGCGUCAUGAAGACGGUCGCGGCGGGCUUGCCGCCCAGCGCGGACACCGUCCCGCCGCUCAUGGUCCUCCUGUCCGAAGUGUCUCCGGCCAAGCUGGGUCUGUUCUCCGACGCGGAGAUUUCGACGUUUGUGCAGACGAGUUGCCCGCGUCUGUCGAUCGACUGGGGGUACGCGUUCAAGCGGCCCCUGCUGAGCUCGUACGAGGCGAGCGUGGCUGCUGGCCGGAUCACGGGAUGGCACGGUGUCGACCUCGACGGACGCGAGAACGGAAAGGGCGACUACCCGAUGGACUACUAUGCGGACGGAUCUCUCGGCCCGUGGACGCCGCGCCACCAGCCGCCCAAGCCGCCAAGGGAGCCACGAACUCUGCGUGUUGCACCUGGGCCAGCGGCAGCGGCGCCAGCCGCGCCUGUGGUAGCAGCAUAGUAUACAACAUGCAUUUUGCACAGAUCAGAUCCUAA